CGCGACGUCACGCGGACGGUCACGUGAACACCCCCCUCCCCUUCCAACGGCCUCCUCCCGCUCCGUCUUCGGCCUCUCCCAAGAUGGCGGUGUGCAUCGCGGUCAUCGCCAAGGAGAAUUAUCCUCUCUACAUCCGAAGCAUUCCCACAGAGAGUGAACUGAAGUUCCAUUAUACAGUACACACAUCCCUUGAUGUUGUAGAUGAGAAGAUCUCAGCAAUGGGAAAGGCCCUUGUGGAUCAGAGGGAGCUCUACUUGGGGCUUCUGUACCCCACAGAAGACCACAAAGUCUACGGCUAUGUGACAAAUUCCAAGGUGAAAUUUGUCAUGGUGGUAGAUUCCUCCAACACAGCACUUCGAGACAAUGAGAUCCGCAGCAUGUUCCGAAAGCUGCAUAAUUCGUACACCGAUGUCAUGUGUAACCCUUUCUAUAAUCCUGGCGACCGUAUUCAGUCCAGGGCCUUUGACAACAUGGUAACAUCCAUGAUGAUGCAAGUUUGUUGAGAAGGCACCUUGCUUGUUCCAGUUAUGUUUUCUGAGAAAUGCUAUAUUGUAUAGAAUUGUAUUAUGGAGAUGUAUAUAUCAUCACUUGGCUCGUGUAAUUUAAGUGCAGCUUUGUUUGAAUGGAUAACUUAUAUGUAUGGACUUUUUGCUUGAGAGUGUGUCAAAACAGCAGCAAGUAAAGUUGGCCACUGUUAAAUCUC